AUGGGUGGUGUCAAACACGAGCACAAUGAUGCUCCGCAGCAGCCCAGAGCCUCGCAGUCCACAGAACAGCCUCAAGAAGAGAACCAAUCAUCGGCCCAAGCUCCGAAGAAACGAGGAUGGCCCAAGGGAAAGAAAAGGAAGAAAGUGCUACCCAAUGGUCCCAAGGCGCCAGUUACCGGCUAUGUCCGCUUCUUGAAUGAGCGGCGAGAAGUAAUGCGGGCCAGAUAUCCCGACCUGCCAUUCCCGGAAAUCACAAAGCGGCUCGGAGCAGAAUGGACGCGAUUAGCACCAAACGAUAAACAGCGUUUCCUGGACGAGGCAGAGCGGGAGAAGAUGCAGUAUGCCCAGGAGCUGAAGGAAUAUCAUCAGACGGAAGCAUAUCAGAUCACUAGUACGAAGCUACAAGACAAGCGGAUUAAAAAAGAGGACAAUCCGUCUGUUAUUAUCAGCGCCAGUUCAGGCAUACCAAAGACUUCUGAACUCCCAAGCAGGUUUGACAUACCGAUCUUCACAGAGGAGUUCCUUGAUCAAAACAAAGCUCGAGAGGCGGAGCUACGUCGACUUCGCAAGGCCAACGUGGAGUUUGAAGAGCAGAACGCGGUGCUGCAGAGGCACAUCAAAGACAUGUACAACGCCAAAGAACGCCUGGAGGCCGAGCUGAGCCAGGACGAGAAGCGCACGCAGGCUCUUCACCAGCAUUUGCUGGCCAUUAAACACACGCUAGUCAACAGCUUGUCUGCUGUGCCGCUACCAGGCACAGGUGAGACAGCGUCCCUCGGAAACCUGGAUUCAUAUCUCAGUCGGCUCAGCGGCGCACUUGAAGGGAAUCCUCACAAGCACAGGGCAUUGCUCACACAGCUUUGUGAUGUCCUCUCUCACCUAGACAGGUAA